AUGGCCUUGACAGGAGGGCUUGUGAUGUCUAGACCACUACAAAAAUGCUCCUUGGGACUCCAGCGUUCUCCAUCCAACCAAGCGCCUUCGUUUAAAAAUCAAGAGAUAACUAUGAAGACACGUGCCUCUUCUGCGCCCUUCAACACUCGUCAGGCUUCAACAGAUGAAGCGUCACUGAUUACAUCACCCCAAGGAACAGUCAUUUCAAAAAAUGAAUUGCCCAGUUUGAAACUCGUACAAGACGGUGUUCCGACUGAUGUUGUGGAUAUAGAAGACUCCCAGCUCAUAAAGAAACACACAGCGUAUCUAGAUUGGCAAAAUCUCGUCGAUCCCGGAGACUUCUGCUUAGAAACGGGUCCGAAUUGUCGAUCAGCCAGACUUAAGGCAAGCAACGAGGCAAAGGGAAAUAAAGACCGUGCUUGA